AAUUUACAUUAUUUUUCAGACCAGUGUGAAUAUUGUAGGUAACUAUAAGUUGUUAAAUACCGUUAAACCCGAGUUUCCUACCCCUGUGAACCUGUUUUUUCUGGAUCGAAGUACACUCAACAUUCGUGGCUUCUCUUCUCGCACACACAAUAUCUCUACCGCACACACGCUAACCAACGAGAGAGCGGUAUAAAAACGAACAUCAGCCAUGGAGAACCACAGUAGCGAAGUAGUUUACGUUGGUGACAACUACGACGAGGACAUGCCGGCCACCGAACGUGAGCUAGCUGAAGACGCAACAUGGAAGAUAAUCCAAAAGAAUACGUUUACAAGAUGGUGCAAUGAGCAUCUCAAAUGCAUCAACAAAAGAGUAGCCAACCUGGAGACUGAUCUUUCCGAUGGGCUUAGGCUCAUUGGUUUGAUUGAGAUCCUCUCCCAGAAAAAGAUGGGAAAGCACAACAAGAGACCAAACUUCAGGCAGAUGAGACUGGAAAACGUCUCAGUGGCGCUCAACUUUCUAGAAGCUGAGAGGAUCAAGCUGGUCAGCAUAGACAGCAAGGCUAUUGUGGAUGGGAACUUGAAGCUCAUUUUGGGUUUGAUAUGGACUCUCAUUCUGCAUUAUUCCAUCUCUAUGCCCAUGUGGGACGAAGAAGAAGAAGUAGAAGAAAAGAGUAAAGCCACUCCCAAGCAGAGACUUCUGGGAUGGAUACAGAACAAAGUCCCGCAAAUGCCGAUCACUAAUUUCAAAGGCAACUGGCAGGAUGGUACAGCACUUGGUGCUUUGGUUGAUAACUGCGCGCCGGGCUUGUGCCCUGACUGGGAGGAUUGGGAUCCGAACAACCCAAUGGAAAACACUGCCGAGGCGAUGAAAUUGGCAGACGAAUGGUUAGGCGUACCACAGGUUAUCACGCCAGAGGAAAUCACUAACCCCCACGUGGACGAGCUUAGUGUAAUGACUUAUUUGUCGCAAUUCCCGAAAGCGACUUUGAAGCCUGGUGCACCUCUGCGACCAAAAACAAACGGAAAGAAAGCAAGAGCUUAUGGCAAAGGUAUUGAGCCCAAGGGUUGCAAAGUGGGUUCCCCUGCACCAUUUACUGUGGAAACUGUUUCUGCUGGUUCCGGUGAAGUUCUGGUUUACCUGACCAACCCUGAAGGCCACAAGACUGAAUUGCAAGCCACCCCCAACAACGACAAGCUUAAAACGUACUCUGUGACUUACUAUCCUGAUAUGCCAGGAGACUACGAGGUAACAGUCAUGUUUGCCGGUGUGGGAAUCCAUAAGAGCCCGUUCAAGGUUUACGUUGAUGAUUCUCCCGCUGACCCGAGCAAAGUUGUGGCGAAAGGACCCGGCCUUCUACCUGGAAAUAUUGUAAACCAUCCUACACAUUUCGAUGUGAUUACAACAGACGCUGGAGCAGGAGACGUUAACGUGGUCAUCGAAGACCCGACUGGUUGUAAGCAAUCGGUUCGACCUAAGAUCGAGAAGCAAGGAGAAACUUACAAAGUUACCUAUACUCCAUCUAAGAACGGACCGCACCACGUUCAUGUAUUGUUUGCUGAUGCACCGAUUAAUAAGAGCCCAUUCGAAGUGCCCAUCUCACUGCCUCUUAACCCAUCGGCAGUUUGGGCAGAAGGACCCGGAGUUGAACCAAACGGAUUAACCGUCCGCCAAGUCGCAAAUUUUGAUGUUCACACUGAACAAGCUGGAGACGGCAAGUUAGAAGUCAAAUGCAUCGGACCACGAGGCGUGACCGAGAAAGUGAACGUGAAUAACAACGGAGAUGGAACUUACUCGUGCGACUAUUACCCAACCAAACCAGGGCAAUACGUCGUGGGUGUGACCUAUUCUGGCAAGGCUGCGUCAAACAGCCCAUACAGGGUUAACGUUGAUGUGCCGCCUGACGCAAGCAAAGUCAAAGUACAAGGCCCAGGAAUCGAACCAGGCAAUGUGGUUGGGGAACCAACAUAUUUUGAUGUGCUGACUGCAGCUGCGAUGCCCCGGUCUUACCCAAAGCCUGCUGGUAAGGGUAGAUCCAGUUAUUCAAGACCAAUGAAUGGCCAUGUUGGAAAACCACUUUCAGAUGCUGGAAAAGGAGAUGUACGUGUAUCUGUUAUUGGACCUGAUGGCACUCAGUCACCUGAUGUGCCAAUGUCACUUGAAGAGCGUCCUAACAGCACUGUACGAGCCACAUACACCCCCCAGGUGCAAGGACCCCACAAGGUGUACGUCGAAUUUGUUGGAGAACAAGUACCAAGGAGUCCAUACCACGUUGACAUUGCACCAGGCGAGGUUAUUGAACCUAUGAUGGUAUCUGAACAAAAUGCUCCUGUUUUUCUUGAGGCAUCUGACCAAAUGCCUGUAGAGGAAAUGGUCCAACCCAUUAUUGAAGAGCCUGUACAGGCUGUACAAGUGGCUAGACCAACAGAACAAUCUCCAGGUGGCUUUACUGAACCAGUAGAGCUAUCUGAUCAAGGGUCCCCUCUUGACCAACUUGGCGCAGCUCUUAGUUUGUUAGACGACACAGAAAUACCUUCUGACAAUGUAGAAGAGAAUGAGCGUUACCCGAUUUCAGAUGAAUUGAUUGUGCCUGUUUUGGCAAACCAACAAGAGUAUUCAGUUAGUCUUGAGACGGGCCAUGAAUGGCCUAAUCAGGACACUGUACAAGACCUCAAGGAGAAUGGGGUACCUCAACAGAGUGAAUCACCUGAAUUGCCAGGUGAAAUUGAUUUUGGUGUUGAUCCUACUGAUAUCAAACUUGGUGAUUUAACUGGAACAUCCCAAGAUUUGAUUAAACCUGUAGAUGAGGAUCCAAUUAACGUCUACAUAGUGAAAAAGCCCACUGAACAAUUUGACGACCCAGGGGAGGGUUACAGGAAUCCUGAUCAUAAUAUGAGUGCAGAUUUUGACACACCUUCUAUAAACAUGCUUGCUUCUAUACAAGAAGAACCUGCAGAAUUGUCAGGAGAUAAUGGAAAUGUGGAUCUCCAGCCAGAAGGUGAAACUGACAAACCUGAACUGAAAUCUGGAGACCGAUCCCCCAAUUCUGUUCUUCAGUCUUCUGAUGAGAAGUCUGAAGACAAAUUAGCAACAGACACACAUUCAAAUCAUGAAUCAGAUACAGAACAUACUUCUGAAUUGAAUCCUGAAAAUAUGGGACUACAAUACAGGGUUGGAGUUCCACUUGUACUUAAUACAGAAGAACCGAUCAGUAAAAGCGUAGAAGAGCCUGUAGAGACUCAAAACCAAUCUGAACUUAAUGAAGAACCUGAAAUCCCAGAUAAGGAUGAUGGUUCUGAUGUGCCACCUGGGAGCAAAUCCCCCAGUAUAAAACGUAACUUUAGUUGGAGACGUAGCGUGAAAGUGCCCGGAUUUUUGCGGGGUAAAGCAAAAUCUCUUAAAAACAAGCUCAAAGCAAAUCCAGAGAACCAAAAUGAGCCCACAGAUGAAUCUAAUGAUCCCAAAUUGGGUGAUGAUUCUGGUACUUCUAAUCUUGAAGGGGUUACAGAAAUACCAGAUAAGAAGACUUCUAAAGAUUCAGAAAAUGACAAGGAUAAAGCAGUUGUUGAAGAUCUGAAUUCCAAAUCGGAUGGUUCAGAAUUACCAGGUACUGUUAACACUGGUGAAGAAUCUCCUACAUCUCUUAAAAGUUGGAGUUUCAAGAUGCCAGACUUUUUCCAUUUGAAAACAAAUCCUGAUGAGGCAAAACAGAAGUCUGCUGAUCAAACCGAACUUCCAGUAGACCUGGUUCAAGAUUCAGAAAUAAACCCAUCUUUAAAGCUUGGCGAUGCCCAGGAGGAGGAAAGUGUUGACCCUACUGUUGUGGUGCCGGAUGAAACGGCCCCUGUAGAUAAACCAAAUGAUGAUACAAAACCUUCAGAUGAAUCUAAGGAACCCACUCCAGAAAGUGGUAAAGGAACCUUUGGCUUUAACCCUUUGGGUUUAAAGUUACCUGACUUUUUAAGUGGUAAAUCAGACCAGCCGAAAGAUGAUAUAAACCCAUCUAUAAAGCUUGGCGAUGCCCAGAAGGAGGAUAGUGUUGAACCUACUGUUGUGGUGCCGGAUGAAAAGGCCUCUGUAGAUAAACCAAAUGAUUAUACAAAACCUUCAGAUGAAUCUAAGGAAGCCACUCCAGAAAGUGGUAAAGGAUCCUUUGGCUUUAACCCUUUAGGUUUAAAGUUACCUGUCUUUUUAAUUGGUAAAUCAGAUGACUCUAAUCAGGAUUCAAGUCCAACCGAACAAGAUGAGUUACCAGAUAAAUCAGAUUUAAAAUCUGAGGAGCAUUCCCCUUCAUUUAAACUUGAUGGAGACCUGGACAUGGCAGUAAAAGAUGCAGUAAUAAUAGAUACACCAAAUUCACAAAGCCCAAAAUCUACAAAAGGUUUAUUUACAUUUGACAUUGAUGUUAAUGUACCCAAUGAAGAUACCAACAUACCAGAUGCUAAAUGCAAUAUUGAGGAAAGCCAGAAAGUCUGUGAUCCUUUAUCAGACAAUACAAAAGAGCCAACAUCUCCCACUUUUAAAUUGGGUGCAGGCUUAGAAGUACCUCAAAGUGAUGUAGAAACAAAACCUGAAGAAACAGCAGUUGGAGAUGUUGGAAUAACAGGUUAA